AUGGCGCGCGGCGCUCGCUUCCUCCUUGUUCUCGCGCUGCUCGCCGCGCUACUCGCCGUCGUCUUCCAGCUCUACCGCCUCAGGAAGCCGAGGUUGUGGACAGUGGAGGAGCUAUCGCUGUACAAUGGAACCAACGAGGGGUUGCCCAUACUACUCGCGAUUUUGGGCUCAGUGUUUGACGUCACAAAAGGGAGGUCACAUUAUGGUCCUGGAGGAGGUUAUCAUCACUUUGCUGGGAGGGAUGCAUCACGGGCAUUUGUUUCUGGAAAUUUUACAGGUGAUGGUCUGACUGAUUCCUUACAGGGUUUAUCAAGCAGUGAGGUAAACAGCAUUGUUGAUUGGAGGAAAUUUUACUUCGAAAGAUAUAUAUUUGCUGGUAAACUUAUUGGACGUUACUACGACAGUCAAGGAAAUCCUACGAAGUACCUGAAGGGUGUAGAAAUGAAGGCAAAGAGAGGUGCACAGCUUCUUGAAAAGCAGAAGAGUGAUGAAGCUAAAAUACCUGGCUGCAAUUCAAAAUGGAGCCAGCAAGAAGGCGGAGAAGUUGUGAGGGCUGUAGUAGAAGGUGCAAAGCAGCUCCUAGAGUUAGUCUUUGGGAUUAUCUAG